GCUGGGAGCCAGUCGGGAGCGCGCGAGGAGCUGGGAGAGUCACACCCCGGGCUAGAGCCCCUACCUGCAGUCGCCGCCCCCGGCCGGGCAGACACCAUGGCGCUUCUGCUGCGCUUCCUGCUCCUGUGCGGAGUCGCUGGUGUCACCAGAGGGUUGAGUAUCACCAGUGCUGACCACAUGAUCGAAAAGGCCAAAGGGGAAACCGCCUAUUUACCGUGCAAGUUUACCCAAGGUCCGGAAGACCAGGGACCCCUGGACAUCGAGUGGCUGCUUUCACCAGCUGAUAACCAGAAGGUGGAUCAAGUGAUUAUUUUAUACUCCGGAGACAAAAUUUAUGACGACUACUAUCCAGAUCUAAAAGGACGAGUACAUUUCACAAGUAGUGACCUCAAAUCCGGUGAUGCGUCAAUAAAUGUAACAAAUUUACAGUUGUCAGAUAUUGGCACAUAUCAGUGCAAAGUGAAAAAAGCCCCUGGUGUUGGAAAUAAGAAGAUUCAGCUUCGAGUUCUUGUUAAGCCUUCGGGUACAAGAUGUUACAUUGAUGGAUCAGAAGAAAUUGGAAAUGACUUCAAACUAAAAUGUGAACCAAAAGAAGGUUCACUUCCAUUGCAAUAUGAAUGGCAAAAAUUGUCCAACUCCCAGAAACUGCCCACAGCCCUGAUAACAGAAAUGACUUCGUCUGUUAUAUCUGUGAAAAAUGCCACUACCGAGUACUCCGGGACCUACAAGUGUACAGUGAGCAACAGAGUGGGCUCUGAUCAGUGCCUACUGCGCCUGGACGUUGUUCCUCCUUCAAACAGAGCCGGGACAAUUGCAGGAGCUGUCAUAGGAACUUUGCUGGCACUGGUGCUCAUCUGUAUGAUCGUCUUUUGUUGUCAUAAAAAGCGCAGGGAGAAAAAAUAUGAAAAGGAAGUUCAUCACGAUAUCAGGGAAGACGUGCCUCCUCCCAAGAGCCGGACGUCCACCGCCAGGAGCUACAUCGGCAGCAACCACUCGUCGCUGGGGUCCAUGUCGCCUUCCAACAUGGACGGCUACUCCAAGACUCAGUACAACCAGGUGCCCAGCGAAGACUUUGAACGCGCCCCUCAAAGUCCGACUCUCGCCCCCGCCAAGGUCCCCGCCCCCAACCUCAGUAGGAUGGGGGCGGUGCCUGUGAUGAUCCCCGCCCAGAGCAAGGACGGGUCCAUUGUAUAGGGCGGUGGCCUCUGCCCCGCCCC